CUCCAUCAUCCGUCGAACCUUCCCCGCCUCCACGUCGCUCGUUACCUUCGUGCCUCUUCUUUUCUACGCAGCCACUUCCAAAUCGACAUUAUUUGACUUUUUUUCUUCUAUUCUUUGACUGUCGCUGCUGCAUGACUCCUCUUUCGUAGUCCUCCGAGGCCGCGCCAUCUCUCAUGGGAAAGUGGAGAUAUGGUGUUGUCCUGGAUGCUGGGUCCUCCGGGACGCGGGUCCAUAUCUAUCGAUGGCUGAAUAGCGAUGCUGCUCGCGCUCAGGCGAGCCAAAGCCAGUUACAGAGCCUGCCAGUGCUCGAGACGGACAAGAAGUGGAUCAAGAAAGUACAUCCCGGUAUCUCGACAUUCGGUGAUACUCCCAACGACGUCGGACCGGAACACCUCGACAAACUUCUCAGCCAUGCGCUCAAGUAUGUGCCACUGGAGGAAGUGCCGAACACGCCUCUUUUUCUCCUCGCAACCGCCGGUAUGCGGAUCCUACCUCCUCUCAAACGCAAAGCUAUCCUAGCCGAAGUGUGCAAUUUCGCCCGGAAGACGACCAAGUUCCAACUCCCCGAUUGCGAUUUACAUGUUCAGGUUAUACCAGGGGAGACGGAGGGUCUAUACGGUUGGAUAGCUGCAAACUACCUUCUCGGAGGCUUUGACAAGCCCGAAAAUCAUGAUCACGGAAAAGGGCAUCACACCUACGGGUUCCUGGACAUGGGAGGCGCGUCGGCCCAGAUUGCUUUUGCGCCCAACGCGACUGAAUCAGAAAAGCAUGCAAACGAUCUCACGUUAUUACGUCUACGGACUAUAGAUGGCGCGCCUAUGGAGCAUAGAGUCUUUGUGACUACCUGGUUGGGGUUUGGAGUCAAUCAAGCAAGGCGGAGAUAUGUCGAAGCACUCCUCGAAGCCAGCCCAGGCGCAAUGGAGCUACCUGAUCCCUGUUUACCUUUGGGCCUGCGUGUUACAACUGAUGGAAAACCUAUUGAAUCUGGAUCAGAAGAGGAACAGGGACAUGCGCCUCAACUAGUAGGAACCGGUCAGUUCUCUGAAUGCAUGCACCAGGCAUACCCCCUCUUGGAGAAAGACAAGCCCUGUCUAGACGACCCUUGCCUCAUAAACGGCCAGCAUGUACCUGCUAUCGACUUUGACGUGAAUCAUUUUGUGGGCGUUUCCGAAUACUGGCACACUACACAUGAAGUCUUUGAGAUGGCGCACAAGGAUCGAGCAUACGACUUUAAAAAGUACCAGCAGCAAGUCAACGAGUUCUGCAGUCAGAGCUGGGAGGAAAUUAAAAGGGGCAUUGACAAUAAGAAGUGGGGAAAGAAGGUCGAUGAGGAGACGGCGCAAGAAGUCUGCUUCAAGGCAUCUUGGCUUAUCAAUGUGCUCCACGAGGGUAUUGGUGUUCCCCGCGUAGGUAUUGAAGAGUUGAAGGGAAGCCAAAACACUACCCACGCCUCGUUGAAAGGCGCGAAGGAGAAAGGUUUCCUCGAUCCAUUCCAGGCGGUCAACAAGAUUGGUGAUAUUGAGGUCAGCUGGACGCUUGGAAAGAUGGUAUUGUACGCCUCAAGUGAGGUCCCAGCACCUUCGACAGAAGCGCUGGCAGUGGGUUUUGGGAGCAACGAUCCAGGCAUUCCCGACGACUUCCAGUUUCCAGGUGGAGAGUACAGGCAGUACGGGGACGAUGACUGGCAUGAUCACCUCUUCUCCGAAAACCCGCGACGAAUUCCCGGUUUCCUCAUCUUUGUUCUCAUCGUCUUCGUGAUCGGGUUCAUGCUCUGCGGCCGAGAGGGUCGAAAGUCCGCUCGGCAGAAAGUUCUCCAUUUAUUCGGUGGUGGUGGCCGACCUGGCUCGCUAAGACGGCGCCGUGGAUUUCCAGGAAAAAUCUUUGGCCUUUCCAGUACACCAUCGUACGAACGUGUCCUCGAAAGCGGUGAAGGGGCCGACGAUUUCGAGCUUGGCUCCUUCGACUCCACCUCAGACAACGACCACUCUGAUUCCAGCGAAGGCAGUCGUAUCGGCCGAACUUCUGGAUGGGCUACUCCGCAGAUUAAAGCUAGUGUUGUGGAUCCAGGGACGCCGUCCUUUUAUGAACCCGGACGGGAUAUUAUCGGCCAAGGUGCUGGUCUGGGUUUAGGUCCGCCGUCUAUGUUCAGCAAUCCAAUUGAAAGGGGCGGGCUAAUGGCCAGAACAGAUAGUAGAGAGAGGUUGGCGGGUGGGAAGAGGAGUCGGGCGAGCAGUCCGAGUCGGCUGCGAAGUCCUAUGAUGAUGCCGCUAAAAGAGUCUGUAGACUGAGCUAUUUGCUUCCAGUGUGUUUGGCGUUUACAUGAGCAUUCAUUGUAAGAUGGGCUGUGUUAAGGAAGGCCGAGGUCUUACGCCUAGACAGGCGUUUAUGGUUUUUCUAUUCCACCUGCACUAAAGGAAGGUUCACUAAUGUGCUUCGAGGAAGGCGUUUUGCAAUUGGGUGAAGAUGGUUACGUCUGAUAAUGAUGUCUCUUCCCUAGAUUUGGGUGCCUCGCUCCCUAAUAGCUGCAAUCUCGACACCCUUCGUAUAACUUUAACUCCUGUUUCAUACAGAACCAUUUUUGUAGAAGAUUAAAUAUUCUCUUCUGAUUACUUCCAUUCAUCUCCGUAAAUCUGACCCGGACUUCCAAGCCCAGCUGCUUCAAUGCAUCCAGGUCUAGACAAGUGGGAUAGUCCUGCAGCG